AUGUCAGAUUCAUAUAAACCAUUCGCAAAUAACUUCCAAUCAACAGGUACUGUUAAGAGUACCAAUGUUGAGAACAACACUGCUGUACAACAACAACAACAACCAUCGAGUUCACUCCCAAAGAGAGAAGAUGAGAAUGUUAUGACACCAAUCGUUAGAUCAUUACUUGGCUUCGUUCAAACCACUAAAGAUACAAUCCCUGAAUUAAACAAUGCGAUCGAUAAUGGAUUCAAAUCAGCUGCUAAAGGUUUCGUAAAUACCGUCGAUGUAGUAGCAAUUAGAGAUAACUACAGAAAAGCUGUCGAUCUCGUCGAUAGAUCACCACCUCUUCUCAUCGUUGCAUCUGCAACUUUAUUACCAAUCAUUUUAUUCAAGAAAGUUCCAUCUGUUAAGGAUCCAGCUUUAGCUGCACUUGGUUUCGGUGCAUCAAUGUACUACUGUUACCCAGAGUUGGUAUCAAAGGGAAGCAAAAAGGUUCUCGAAUUUUACAAGACACAAACCAAUCAAUUAAACAACAACAGCAAUGCUACAGCACCAGUUGUUGUUUCUCAACCACCAAAAGAUAAACAAUAA